AUGAAGAGCAAUUUACUUUUAUCCUUAAAUAAUGCAAAAGAUUAUUUAAAGAAGAGAAACGAAAAUGGGGAGUCCGUGUACGAUCAUAUAUGUGAUAUAAUAAAUUUUAUUGUAGUGGAGAAACCAGAUAAAUGUUAUGAAAAUUUUGAGAUAAUAUCAAGUCAUAUAAAGGAAAGUAAAAAAAAUGGUUGUACUAGUAGUAAUGAUGUUAAUAGUAAUAAAGUAGGACAAAUAGAUUUGAAGGAUAACAAUUUAGAUAAUUAUAUUUUAAGUGAUUAUAUAAAGAAAAAAAAAGAAUGGCUAGAAAAAAUUAAGUUCCUAUUUCAAAAGAGUUCAGAAAAUAAGCCCAUUCGUUUACCCUUUAUAAGAAAUUUGUAUGAACAGGUCAAAUUAAUAAAUUGGGCUGGUUACAAUAUUAAAAAAGAUUUAAUAUGUUACAUUAAUAACUCCAUAAAACAGAUACUAAAACAAUACAAGGAAGAAUUAAUAUCAUUAAACUUUUGGGGAAUACUUAAGGGAAUAAAAAAUGAUUACUAUAUACUAGAGGGUCAACUCAAAAAGGAUACUAAUAUUUUUUCGCGUAAGAAAAAAAACUCCAUAUAUUCUGACGACUCUACUCGUGAGGUAUCGUCAAAUGGUGGAUCUUCUUCAUCAAUCCUCAAAAAUGAUAAUAGCAGCAGAGGCAGAGGAAGUAGAGACAAUGACAGCAGAAGUAAUGAAAGUAGAAACAGUAGCAACAGAGACAGUAACAGCAGAGGUAAUAAUCACAGCGACAAUGACGAUGAACUAUACGACAAAAGAGGGGACAAAGGAAGAAGGGGAAAAACAAAGAGACCAGGAAGAGAGAAAAGAAAACCUUCUAGUAGUGGCAAGUACGCGUAUACAAAGGAGGACUACAACCAUUUUAAUAAAAAUGUAAAUAAACAUGUAUAUUGGGUUUCAAUUAAUGGAACAGAUAAAUGGAUUUUAUUAAAAUUUACGACACCAGAAUAUAUUAAAAUAGCUAGUCAAACGAACAAAAUUCUUACUGGCAAUAUGAAUCAUAUAAUAACAUCCUUUCCUAAUAUUGCUAUAAAAGAAAAACAUUACCUAAGAGCCAUUAUUUCUAUCAUCUCGUCCAAUACACAUAUAUCACCUAAAAAUUAUUAUAUUUCAAAAAGUAAAAACAAAAUAAAUAGAAAAAAAAAAAGGAAAAAGAGAAGAAACAAUCGAGGUAAUGAUGAAGGGGAACAAGAUGAAGAGGAGAACGAAGAGGAUGACGAAGAUGAAGAUGAAGAGGACGAGGAGGACGAAGAUGAUAAACAACGAUAUGAUGAGGAGGAGGAAAGUCAAGAAGAACAUAGAGACCAAAACGAAGAAGAAGAACAAGAAGAAAAAGAAGAUUAUGAGACACCAUAUAAUGACGAGAUAGUUGAAAAUAAGAAAUUCCAAUACGACACUAAUUUUUUACAAAAUAUUGAAAAUUGGGUAUAUUCUAAACAUCAUUUUUUACCUAAUGGACAUAUAGAUUACCCUAAGAAGAUGAAAUCCAAAAGGAAUAAAAAAAUUCAAAAUAUUAUUAAACAAAAUCCUCCUUUAAAAGUUUUAAGAAAUAUUAACCCUCAAAAAGAAAAUCAACACAGUCAUACAUGGAAAAUAAAACACCUUAACCAUGGUCAUUAUUAUGGUGUUCAUAACUCACAUUAUGACAUAAUUAUCAUUUAUAAUUUCUUUUUUUAUGGAGCCUUUACAGUGUAUUUUAAUAAGCAAUAUUUUAAUUUCUACAUAGGUAAUGGAAUAAAAUCAAAGCACGCAUUUAUUCAUACUUACCAACCAGGCAAAGUUUAUUCAGAUAAAAGUGAACUCUCGGAAGAAGACCAAACAAGUUAG